AGUAACUAUUACUGUUCGUCAUGGCGGCGGUUUUACAGGAUCACGAGGAGAAAAUUGAAAAACAAAAUGGAAAAAGUACUGAUGAAAUUGAGGAAGGCGAAGAACCUAUUAAAGACGUAGAAGUUCCUAAUGAAGAUGCCACUAAAAAGAAGAAAAAGAAAAAAAAGAAGAAAAAUACAGGGCCACACAUAAGAGCUAGUCAAAAAAAGCAGACUGAUCCUCCCUCUAUUCCAAUCAGCGAGUUGUUUUCAGACAGUAAUUUUCCUAUUGGGGAAGAAAUGCAAUACUGCACACCACAAGAUGGUCGAAGUGCCAAAGACAGAUAUACACAUGAGGAGAAGAAAGAAAUAGAAAACAUGCAGCAGGAUGCUUAUAAAGAGUUAAGACAAGCUGCUGAGGCUCAUAGACAGACAAGACAGUACAUGCAGAAAAUCAUCAAACCUGGGAUGAAAAUGAUUGAUAUAUGUGAACAGCUGGAAAGUACAGCCAGAAAACUUAUUGGCGAGAAUGGACUAAAAGCUGGUUUGGCCUUUCCAACAGGCUGUUCCCUAAAUAACUGUGCUGCACACUACACUCCUAAUGCUGGAGAUGAAACUGUUCUUCAGGAAGAUGAUGUUUGCAAAAUUGACUUUGGAACACACAUAAAUGGUCGUAUUAUUGACUGUGCUUUCACUUUGGCAUACAACACAAAAUAUGACAAGUUGUUAGAAGCUGUAAGGGAUGCUACUAACACUGGAAUUAAGGAGGCUGGUAUCGAUGUUCGUCUCUGUGAUGUAGGAGGAGCCAUUCAGGAAGUUAUGGAGUCAUAUGAAAUAGAAUUAGAUGGGAAAACAUAUCAAGUUAAGUCCAUCAGAAAUCUUAAUGGGCAUUCAAUAGGCCCAUACCGGAUUCAUGCAGGAAAAACAGUACCAAUUGUAAAAGGUGGAGAAGCUACACGUAUGGAGGAAGGAGAGUUUUAUGCUAUUGAGACCUUUGGUAGCACAGGAAAAGGAUAUGUUCAUGAUGACAUGGAGGUUUCACAUUACAUGAAGGACUAUGAUGUUGGUCAUGUUCCAUUAAGGUUAACUCGAUCCAAACAGUUGCUCAAUGUCAUAAACCAAAACUUUGGAACCCUUGCAUUUUGCCGACGAUGGUUAGACAGACUAGGGCAGACUAAGUAUCUUUUGGCCCUAAAAGACCUGUGUGACAAAGGAAUCGUUGUUCCAUAUCCUCCACUGUGUGAUAUCAAGGGUUGCUAUACUGCUCAGUUUGAGCACACUAUCAUUUUGCGACCUACGUGUAAGGAGGUGGUCAGCCGAGGAGAAGACUACUGAUGAAUUUAACUGCUAUCCUCAUGGCUAGUAGUUAUGUUCAGAAGGGAUCAACAAAAUAAGUUCAUAGAGUAUCUUGUAAACACCAUAACAGUAUGUCCAACAAAUUCCUGCCUGAUUGACCCUCUUGAAUAUAGUUAUGUAUUUCUAACUAGGUUCAGACAAUAGUAAACUAAAUCUUACUUUACAUCUCAAAGAUAUUAUUAAACAAAACAGAUAGAUAGGAUAUUCAAUUUUUGUCCUCCUGAAACAAACUACUUGAUUGGUACUUUCAAGUUUAUUUGUAAGAUCAGAAUCUCUUAGCUUAAUAAAUCAGAUUAAGCUAGGAACUUAUCCACUACCAUGGAAUAGAAUAAAAAACACAAUGAUUUAAAUAAUUAAAAUAUUAUUCUUUCUACAGGCAAUGAAACUUUUUUUUGUGGUUGAAAAAUGAUUCCUAAGAAAAGAUAUUAUUUUAAUUAGAAAUUGUGUUUUGUUGUCAGUAGGUCAAAUGCUUUUGGUUAUAUAAGAAUAAUAUCUAGAGGUGAAAAUUGUAUUUAAAGAUAAUCCAGUAUUUGUUGUGGAAAUAGUAUGCUUGAAAUUAUACCAUACCACCAGGUGCCCAACACAACUUAAAUUUAAAAUAAAAAUAAAAUUAACCUGUUAAUAUGGAACAUUAUUAAAAUAUUACUUGUAGCUUUAUAAACUCAGUUUGUUGAAUUGAUGGUGUGUGUUGAUGGCCAGAGUUUGUGUCAGAAAUGGUGGUUAGCAAAAAAUAUUCAUUCAUUUUCAAUGAAGACAGUAAUAAGUGAAUAUGUUGAUGUUUCAGGAUCAGUCGUACUUUGAUUUACAUUCACCAGAGCAGAAUGUUUAGGAUAGAAGCCACAAAAAGUUGGCAGUGAAUGUUUGUGGAGUGCACAAAGUGAUGCUGUAAAACCACUGUUUUCUGUACCACAAAUAAAAUGUUGUGAAUCAGUA